GUCGUUAACAUGUUAACAAAAUUACAUUUGCAAGAUUAUAGUGAAAAAAUAUCUAUUCAUGGUCUACGAUAUGUCCUAAAAAAAGGAGCAAAACAGUGGGAAAAAAUUUUAUGGAUGACAAUACUUACCGUUGCUGGUAUAUGUAUACUUAAUAAAUUCUACCAGUCCUGGCAACUAUACAAUCAUUCAUUGAUACAAAUAAUUAUUGAAGAUCCACUAUUUCCAUUAAAAGAAAUUGAUUUUCCAGCCAUCACAGUCUGCAUGAACAGUAACGCAAUGUACUCAAAAGUAAAAACUCUUACUGAAAUAUAUUCUAACGAGUCAAAUUCAAAAAAAUAUUUUGAAAAUUCAAUUAAGGCAAUCAGUAUAAUGCGUUUCCCUCAUUUUAACGCUUUAGCACCUCUUGUGAGAAGUUUGAAAAUGGAAAAAAUCCCCCCAGAAGAAAUUCGUGACAUUAUGUUAUAUUUAGGACCAACUAUAGAUGAUAUGCUUGUAAAGUGCUUUUGGAGAGGAAUAAAAUACAACUGUUCAGAUUUGUUCAGAAGACAACGUAGUGAAAUUGGUUUUUGUUAUUCGUUUAAUAGUAAAACGGCAGAUAGAAAUUCUAAUUAUAGUGAUAGAAAUCCUCCAUUAACUGGAGAGGAUGACCAAUUGAUCCCUUUGCGUACAAAUUCGGCAGGACGAAUGUCGGGACUUGAACUUAUUUUAAGAAACAUGGAAUAUGAAAACUUUCCAGGAAAAGAUGCCAUGACAGGAUAUAAUGUUAUGGUGCAUAACCCUGGUGAAUUUCCUGAUGAAACUAUGAGUUACAAAGCACAUUUAGAUAUAAACAGAGUGUCACAAAUAUCAGUUUCCGUAGCGAAAGUUAGUGCAGACCAAUCACUUUAUUGGAUCAACCAAAAAGACCGUAAAUGCACAAUGAAAAAGAGUUCAUCUUACUUGAUAUCAGAUGAUUUGUCUAGAGAAGGCAACCCCGAAUCUUUUUGUUUAAAAAAAUGUCGAUUAGACGUCAUUUAUAAGUUCUGCAAAUGUAUUCCAUAUUACUCUAUUACAUAUGAAGAUUUAAGUGAAACUUGUGGAGUUGAACAUUUGAACUGUUUAAAUUUAAUUAAUGUUCGGCUCCGAAAUUUCCCACCGCCAAUUGAAGAGAGUGGAUUUCCUGAUUGGAGUCUACCUGAAUACAUGAACUGCAGCUGUCCUACGCCUUGUUCAUUCAUCAGUUACACGUCAGAAAAUAGAAAAAUUACAACGUUUAAUGAAUUCAAUAUAAGGAAUUUUUCCUUGGAAUCAAACCAUAUUUAUUUGGAUAUUCACUACAAAAAACCAUAUGUUAUCAGUUUUAGAAGAUCACUAAAAUACAGUGCAGAAGAACUUAUAGUUGCAUUUGGAGGAAUGGCUAGCUUAUUCCUUGGUUGUAGUAUCAUGACUAUUUUAGAAGUAAUAUAUUAUACUUACAAACUUUUAAUUGAAUUGAAAAAAGUUAAUACAAUUGUGGAUGUGACACCAAAUUAAAUAAAAUUGGCAGGCAUUACGAAAAUUUUAAUAUUUGUAUAAAAAAAAUUAUAUUUUAUCUAAAAAGCCAUAGAUUGAUUAUUACAAACAUGGUUCUUUAAAGAUAUGGAAUAAUAUAAAAUUGGUUCUGAAAUGCUUAGCAAGUUGACACAUUAUUUAACUUAUUGAAGUUAAG